CAGGAGCUGCCGUGCCUCGUCUUCUACGGAGAUCCCGAAAGCCGGAGGAAUAGCGAAACCCUGUACAGCCAUGGCAGAAAACGCCGGCUUGGAAAACCACCGCAUCAAGAGCUUUAAAAACAAGGGACGCGAUGUCGAGACUAUGAGAAGACAUCGAAAUGAGGUGACAGUUGAACUGAGAAAGAACAAACGAGACGAGCAUCUACUGAAGAAGAGAAAUGUCCCACAGGAGGAGAGUCUGGAAGACUCUGAUGUCGACUCAGACUUCAAAGGACAAAACGUUACGCUUGAUGCCAUUUUACAGAACGCCACCAGUGAUAACGCAGUUGUCCAGCUCAGUGCUGUACAGGCUGCCAGAAAACUCCUCUCGAGUGACAGAAACCCCCCCAUCGACGACUUGAUAAAGUCUGGGAUUCUGCCCAUUCUAGUCAAAUGCCUGGAGAGGGACGACAACCCCUCUCUCCAGUUUGAGGCAGCCUGGGCUUUGACCAACAUUGCCUCUGGAACGUCGGCGCAGACUCAGGCUGUGGUCAAAUCCAAUGCAGUGCCCUUGUUCUUGCGACUGCUCCACUCUCCCCACCAGAACGUAUGUGAACAGGCCGUAUGGGCUUUAGGAAACAUUAUUGGUGACGGCCCACAGUGCAGGGACUAUGUCAUCUCCCUGGGCGUGGUGAAGCCCCUGCUCUCCUUCAUCAACCCCUCCAUCCCCAUCACCUUCCUCCGCAACGUCACUUGGGUCAUUGUCAACCUCUGCCGCAACAAGGACCCACCACCGCCGAUGGAGACUGUACAAGAGAUUUUGCCCGCCCUCUGCGUGCUAAUAUACCACACUGAUAUAAAUAUCCUAGUAGACACAGUGUGGGCUCUGUCCUAUCUGACGGAUGGUGGCAACGAGCAGAUCCAGAUGGUCAUUGAUUCUGGUGUCGUCCCCUUUCUUGUGCCUCUCCUCAGCCACCAGGAGGUCAAAGUUCAGACGGCAGCUCUGAGGGCUGUGGGGAACAUUGUGACAGGGACAGAUGAACAGACACAGGUUGUGCUCAACUGCGAUGUCCUCUCACACUUCCCCAACCUGCUCACACACCCCAAGGAAAAGAUCAACAAGGAAGCCGUUUGGUUCCUGUCCAACAUUACAGCUGGGAACCAGCAGCAGGUCCAAGCUGUGAUCGAUGCUGGGCUCAUCCCCAUGAUCAUUCACCAGUUGGCUAAGGGCGACUUUGGCACUCAGAAGGAGGCAGCGUGGGCCAUCAGCAACCUCACCAUAAGUGGGAGGAAAGACCAGGUGGAGUUCCUGGUUGAGCAGAAUGUGAUCCCUCCGUUUUGUAACCUGCUGUCAGUGAAGGACUCCCAGGUGGUGCAGGUUGUCCUGGACGGCCUGAAGAAUGUCCUCAUCAUGGCCGGAGACGAAGCCAGCACUAUCGCUGAGAUCAUAGAGGAGUGCGGAGGUCUGGAGAAGAUAGAAAAUCUGCAGCAGCAUGAGAAUGAGGAUAUCUACAAACUAGCCUUUGAGAUUAUUGACCAGUACUUUUCAGGAGAUGAUAUUGAUGAAGAUCCAAGUUUGAUCCCUGAAGCCACUCAAGGAGGGACCUUCAACUUUGAUCCGGCUUCCAACAUGCAAACGAAGGAGUUUAAUUUCUAAAAGCCAGGAUGUGUUUUGGUUCAACCAGCUGCACGGGUACUCUGUAAUCACCCCAGACAUUCAUCCAUCUCUCCUCCAACCUGGCAACCUGGUACCGAAGGAUUUACUUAGCAUCACUUCAACAUGGAAAAUUCACUAUUGAAGGAUUUACCCACUCCACCUCUGCACUGCGGGGUGUUUGUGAAAUGGUCAUCCUUCACAAAAUAUGGCAACCCUACACCGGAGUCCUGGUCAUUCGUUGAGCACCAUUUCGAGCCGGCAACCUGCAUUGGGAGCAUCGCCGGCCUUCUUUGCUAGUGCUUCUAAAUAUUACAUGAAAUUCAAACCAGAAGGAAGAAAAGCCUUCGUGGCAAGUUUUUGAUUGCCAAAUGUCAGUCUUCACAAUGACAAAACACAAGCACAUUUUCAGACACAAAGCAUACACACAUACACACACUGUUUUUGACACCUAGAAUUUGUGUGCAUACUUCUGUUAGAAGCCAUCAUAUCACUUAUGGGGGAAGAAAUACUGCUGUUUGUUUGUGGUUUAUUUUUGUGCUUUCCCUCCCCUGGAUUGUCCUCUGGUGUUAUUUCACCCACAAGCGCACGCACACUCGCAUACAAUUACACUCGUGCACAUAUACAUACACACACAUACACGCACACACACUUAGUCACACAGAUACCGGAUGGCCGGGCACCCCAAUAACCCUCUCUCACCCAGUUUAAAGAGUUAAUCCCAGAGCUAAGCCAUGAACUACCACGGACCCCCACUGCCCUCCCAGGAGUGUCCUGGGACAGGUGGAGGGGUGAAAGGGCUCCAAGGCAAAAAGAGGAUUCCGUGGCAGACAGACUGACGGGACUUCUGACUCAAUGACGUCACUUUUUUUUGUGUGACCUCUGUUGAAUUCUCAAACUUAAUGAUGUAUGUUUCAAAAAGAUCAUCAAAAUGUGAAAAAAUGCCAUAUUUUUUUUCCAACACAUAGAACUUUUUUCUCAUUCUUUUUUUUUCCUUUUUUUGGCUCUUACUAAGCAGAGCAAAAGCAAAGUUUGCUUUUAUGGAUUUGGCAACCUGUCACGGCAGGAAGCACCUAUGGGUGAAGGCACAGAGACUUAAGAGAAGAGGAUAAUGUCAGCUGUAGCCUUCUCCUCCACCCCACAGGACAAAUCUGCAGCAAAAGCUCAUUCACAUCCUGCAGGAAGUGAUCUCUUUGCUUCAAACUCUCCUGUAAUGUGAAUCUCACCAGGGGGUUUAACGUUUGGGGAAAAAAAACAACAAAACAAAACGUUGAGCUAACAUCGACCUGAAUCGCUUAUCUGAUGUUUAAGCUAUUAUAUUUUAAUUCUUUUAAAUUCUCUCUUUGAAAUAUAUAUAUAUUUUAGAUGAGCAACUCAAGUUUGGGUUCUGGUCGAGGCUGUGGAGCUUCCAUGUUUUUUUGGGUUUUUUUUUUUUUUUUCACCUUGUAUUUUUUCUUCAGUCUUAUGCACACGUCUGAGAGGUAUAUCGGUGUCUCUGCCUGCAGAAAGGGGCCGAUACUCACUGAAGACAAGACUUACUGAGGCGUACAGGUCCGCUGACCUUUACAGUACUUUACUACUUUUGAUGAAGAGGUCACAUGUCAUCACCAAUUUGAAUAAUUGUACAAAAAAUGUGAUGUGUAUCUCUCCUUGCUGUCUCAUGAAUAUAUUUACAUAAAGCCUGUACAAAGCUGCUGCAGCUGACGGUCAUUGGAUGGACUCUUCAGAACGACAACCUUACUGUCAAAGAUGGUUGGGGAGGGUUUUUUUUUUUUUUGUUAAAGCAAUAUUUCUUUGUUUUAUUUUUAUUUUUUAACAUGCAUAUGUAUUGUGAUGACAUGCUGAUAAAUUGGAACAGGCUUUUUUUUUUUUUUUUUUUUUUUUUUCCUUAGUGGUGACGGGAUGUUUAAUUGUACCGUCCCAAGUCCCAGUUGGUCUCUGGGGUUUGGGCUUGAGGUGUAAAACUCUGGCCCAAACCCCAGCCCUGGUCUUGAAGACUUCACGAUCCUCUGUUUGGCUGCUAACUACUGAGAGGGGAUCAGAGCAGGGGGAUCAUGCUGGGGUUUUAAAUAGCGGGUGGGGGUAUUACAAGCAGCCCAGGCUUGUUUUCGGGACUAGCUGUUUAUUACUGAUGAACAAACUAUAGAGAGGGUGUACAGUCAUGAACUAGCAGACUAGACCGAGCCACUUUAAAGAUUUACAAUUUUGUUGCCUUGUAUCUGAAACGGAUACAAGCUUAUGUUUGUUGCAAGAUUUUUACUUGCUAAUGAAAAGUUGUUUUAAAUAAAAUAAUAGAAGAAAAGCAACAGACAGCGUUUUGGCCUCUGAUUGUUUAUAUCUUUUUAUAAAUUUUAGAUUGAAUUCUUCUCUUUAAGGUGGCUCAUUGAUGCUUUCAACUCUUGUGCAUAUUAAAGACAAGAAUGAGUUGAAAUUCAUUGUGCCUUUUGUUUUUCAUUUCUACAAAUACAAGUUUUCUCUUGAAAAGGACACACUAAAGAAAGCACUAUAAUGCUUUGAGAAAUUGGAGAAUUUUGCAAAUGGGAGAUGUGAAUAUUAUGUGGUCUCCCUACCGUUGGAUUUUGCCAUGGGAAUGGUCAAAGGUACUCUGCUGUUGAGAGGAAUUGUUCUACUCCCAUCUUUAGUCACUGAACAUUGUAAUCCAUUGUAACACACCAUUCCUCCCACCCAUUACCCAUGCACACCACAAACCAUCAUUGCCAUAUUCUUUCAAUCAGGGGAUUUUGAUAUCAUUUCCUCUCAUCUCGCCCUCAGGACAUGAUCUGUGUUACUGAUCCUAACCAAAAUAAACUUGCUGUUUAGCCGUUG